AUGCAUUACCUGCUAACGCGCGAGCUAGCAGUAUAUUUUAGGGUUGCAAGCUACCAUACUAACAGCAAAGGUACUAACGCAAAGUCCAGACACGGUGGUGGUGGUGGUGAUGGUGGUGGUAGUGGUGGUGGUGGUGGUGGUGGUGGUGGUGCUGGUGGUGGUCGUGGUCGUGGUGGUGGUAGUGGUCGUUGUCUUGGCGAGGGUGGUGGCGAUGAUGAGGAUGCUGAUGAUGAUGAUGAUGAUGAUGAUGAUGAUGAUGAUGAUGAUGAUGAUGAUGAUGAUGAUGAUGAUGAUGAUGAUGAUGAUGAUGAUGAUGAUGAUGAUGAUGAUGAUGAUGAUGAUGAUUAUGAGUGCAGCCCUCUUUAA